CCAAUUUCUCUCUCUUCAUCACAUACACCAAAUAUAUCUCUACGUCUCCACAAUGUCUGCUUCCCUCACCUUCUACGAUGCCACCGUCCCGGUGAUGUGUGGCAUCUCCAAGAGCGCCAUUGGCUUCCUCACCGCCGCCAAAGAGGAGCUCUCGAAGGAAAACGCUAACCUGCCAUCCGAGAGCGACGUGCUUAACGCCCAACUCGGCGACAUGCUGCCUUUCCGCAUGCAACCCAUUAUCCUCUCCAAGUUCCAACUCGUGGGAAUCCAGACCCUUAAGCUCGCCGAGUCCGCUACCGCACCAAACCUGGACCCCUCUACCUUUUCCUCUUUCGACGAUGUCAUCAGCUUCUUCAAGCAGCUCCUCGCCGUCCUUGAGGCCGUUGACGCAAAUGCGUACAACGAGAGCGCCGAAAAGGGCGUCGAUGUCGAAAUUGGCCCCAAGACGCUACACAUGAGCACUCUGAAGAGCUUCACAAACGACUUUGUCGUUCCCAACAGCUACUUCCAUCUCAACGCCAUGUACAUGAUACUGAGGAGCAAGGGUUUCAGCCUGGGCAAGUCUAUAUACAUUGGUGGUUUCAUGUCUGAGCAGUCGAUCAAGGACUGGGCACCACUGAGGGCUUAGCUUAGCAAGAAAUAAAAACAAAAACAAGGGAAGGAUGAUUGGAAUGGAUACAUGGAUCGAAAUGGUUACAUGGCGAGGAACACGUUGUCGCGCUUUUGUGUGGACAGGAGCCUAGAGAAAACCGAGUAGAGACCAGCAUAUCACCAAUAGACUUGUACUACCAAUUC